GUUAUAGUGUUCACUUAGGGAGAAUAAAUAUGCAAUGCUAAUUAGAUGACCAUGUAGACUACGUUCUAUCUUUCAGCUAAAAGUCACAGUAUUACACCUCAUAUUGUGUUUGUGAACCUGCUGCAGUCCCGUUUACAUACGCACACGCGUAUGUGCGCGCGCAGGGAAGCACCGAAAUGGCAGGGUCUCUGUUCGGACCAAUGGCAGCGGCGCGGGGGCGUGCGCGCAAAGGUGAGCUGCUUUUUGAGUUUACUAAAUGACUGCAGCAAGAAAUACAGCAGCGUUUGCACGGGUUUACUGGUGAUGGGAGUCUCUGAACGACGCAAUUUUAUUUCCCCUAUAAUGCUGGGUUGCACUGAUUACUGAAAUUCCUUGAAAAAACAAGAUAAUAAUAAUACUAAUCAUUAAAAAAAACAACAAAAAAAACAGCUUAACUAUGAAAUCGAAAACGAGUCGUGUCUCCUAAGUGGACCGGACAAUGGAAGUGGCUUCCUGCAGCAGUACUGGUUCGCCCUUGGGAAACAAGCACGCAGGAAAUAAGAGAAUCUGUAAAAGCGCGUCGGUCCGCACCGGCCGGGUUCCUGCGAGCGCGCGCGGCUCCGAAGCGACGCAUUGUAUCCCGGAACGCGUGUCAAUGGAUGCGUGAAGAAAUUUAAAAAGAAAAAAAAAAACACUCACGUAUUAAUUUAUUCCAUAUAAGUUCUAUUGGAAUUGCGCCGUGCUGAGGAGGUUGAGAGUUGAAAUUCGGACGUUGAAACUGCGGCGUGCACGUGUGAAGCACGGAUGCAUUGACAGAGCGAGAAUAUUUGGCGCGCCGUUAUGGAUUGCCCGGAGUGAACGUCUGAAUUGAACUGGAUCGCAUCCCCGAUCCGGAGAGCUGCUUCUGAACACGCGAACUGAAGCCUCGCUGGGUGCCAGCCGACAUCCGGUGUCAGGAUCAUGAUCACCUCGUUUCUAUGGUCUUAAAAACAUCCCCUGCCUUACCUUUGGAUCUGGUACCCUAACAGCGAGCAGACACAAUAGCAAUCAAUCAUCAGCGCAAUUCAGAAAUCGUGCAAAGGAAGACCUCAAAGCUGCCACAAUGUGUAGAUUAAGCGCACUCGGAAUUUAUUUGUGGGAAACCGUAGUGUUUUUCAGCUUGGCAUCAUCCCAGCAAGCUGCAGCACGGAAAGCUGCCUCCCCUAUGCCCCCUUCAGAAUUCUUGGACAAACUCGUGGGGAAAGUAUCUGGGUACGACGCAAGAAUCAGACCUAAUUUUAAAGGUCCACCUGUGAAUGUAACAUGCAACAUUUUUAUUAACAGUUUUGGAUCCAUUGCUGAAACAACAAUGGAUUACAGGGUGAAUAUUUUCCUGAGACAGCAGUGGAAUGACCCCCGACUGGCUUACAGUGAAUACCCUGAUGACUCCCUCGACCUCGACCCCUCCAUGUUAGACUCAAUUUGGAAGCCAGAUUUGUUCUUUGCCAAUGAAAAGGGUGCCAAUUUCCACGAGGUUACCACUGACAACAAGCUGCUGAGGAUCUCUAAAAAUGGGAACGUGUUGUAUAGCAUAAGGAUAACACUAAUUCUGGCCUGUCCCAUGGACCUGAAGAAUUUCCCGAUGGACGUGCAGACUUGUAUAAUGCAGUUGGAGAGCUUUGGCUACACUAUGAACGAUCUGAUAUUUGAGUGGGACGAAAAAGGUGCUGUGCAAGUGGCUGAUGGACUGACGUUACCCCAGUUUAUCCUGAAGGAGGAGAAAGAUUUACGCUACUGCACCAAACACUACAACACAGGGAAGUUCACAUGCAUCGAGGCCCGCUUCCAUCUGGAGAGGCAGAUGGGUUACUACCUGAUUCAGAUGUACAUCCCCAGUCUGCUAAUUGUCAUCCUGUCCUGGGUGUCCUUCUGGAUCAACAUGGAUGCUGCUCCUGCUCGCGUGGGCCUGGGCAUUACCACUGUGCUCACCAUGACAACACAGAGCUCGGGCUCCAGAGCCUCUCUGCCAAAGGUCUCCUAUGUGAAGGCCAUUGACAUCUGGAUGGCUGUGUGCCUGCUGUUUGUCUUCUCAGCUCUGCUGGAGUAUGCUGCUGUCAACUUCAUCGCUCGCCAGCACAAAGAGCUGCUGCGCUUCCACAGGAGGAGACGACACCUAAAGGAGGAGGAUGCAGGUGAAGGGCGCUUCAGCUUUGCCGCCUAUGGCAUGGGCCCUGCGUGUCUGCAGGCCAAAGACGGCAUGGCCAUCAAGGGCAACAACAAUGCGCCUGCCUCCAGCAUGCCACCUGAGAAAAGCGUAGAGGAGAUGCGCAAGCUCUUCAUCAGCCGCGCCAAGCGCAUUGACACGGUGUCACGGGUCGCCUUCCCACUCGUCUUCCUCAUUUUUAACAUUUUCUACUGGAUCAUUUACAAGAUCAUCCGCAGCGAGGAUAUUCACAAGCAGUAAAUAUUCCUGACAAAAGGGUGAGAUCCAAGCUAAAAAAGCUGCCGCUGUCGCGCCCACCGACCCCCACUUCCCCAUCUGCCCACUUCCUCUCCUCAGCACUCAUUCGCUUUCAGUGCCGAGUCCUUAGCAGAGGUAUUUCUCCAUAUUCCUUUUCUUUCUUCUGUCCUUUCCCUCCCUGUUCUCCUGAAUAAUCUGGACCUGUGCAAUAGCAAUGCAGUAAAAUGCAUGAUAUAUGAAUGUGGCAAUAUAUUUACUAAAAAAAUAAAAUCUAAAUAAAAAUGGCAACAUAAAUAUUAGACUUUUACAGAUACAUCAGAGAACCUCUGAGCAAACUGAAAUUCAAGGGGAUGUUGCUCUUGGGAGAUCUUUUUUUUUUUUUUUUUUUGAAGACAUGCUGCAUUAUGGGAAUAUGAAGGAGAUUACAUGCAGCACUGUAAUAUAUCAAGUAUUUAAAACAAAACUCAAAUUAUUUCAAGAGAGAUAACUGGAAAAAUUGAAAGGUUUUAAAGAGCGUCAUGUGGUUUGGUGCUUCCAUAAAUAAGUAAUGCAAGAGUCGCUGGAAUAUAUCUAUAUCUAGAUUUGCUUCAAUAUAUGUAUUGCAAGCACUUGUCAAUGCCCAGAAAAACAGGAUGUCAUGAUGAUAAAGUCCUGUCAUGAUGUCACAUUACCAGUGGAAGCUUGACGAGUGACCGUCAAAAAAUAUAUUGUUUAUAUAUACCAGCUGUGGUCAGUGUGAAUUUUUUGUCCAAAUUAUGUCAUUUACUUAUGUGCCAAGUGAACAGCAUGUUGCUGUACCAUGUUUCCUCAGCUUUUGUGGUCAACGAGAAAAAAAAAAGAAACUUUGGGCUAUAACCCUUCGUUGCUUUAUUUAUUCAGACAACAGACAUAUUUACAAGCUAUGUAUUAUGACAUGACUGAAACAAGAGGAAAACGUAUGAGAAGUAUUUUUGUCUCUCAGCUCCAUCGAUUUGCAUUUUCACAGCAUAGACAUCAUGGGGAAAAAAAGUGAUAAUUUUCUUCCCCUUAACAGCAUCAUGUUGUUUUCUGCAUUGACAUCGGCUCCAGCAGAAAGUGUUAUUUUUAUAAGCAGCCAGCGCUGCCAUACGCUUAAAUAUAUAUUUAACAACCAAAUGUGUAUUACUGUGA